GUGGCGGCGGCGGUGCCGUCGUUUGUUGUUCUCCCGCCUCGCCUCUGACGGCGUCCCUGGCGCAGCAGCAGCACCUGCAGCGGCAACAGCAGCUGCAGCAGCAACUGUUGUACCACCAGCAACAGCAGCAACAGCUGCAGCAGCAGUUGCUAUAUCACCAACAUCACCAGCAACAACAACAACAACAACAGGUACCACCCGGAGAAUUCUCCGGCGUGGAUUUUCUGGACGGUGUGUCUCAGAGCGACGGGGCGGAGGCAGCAACGGCGGCUGCGGGCGCCUCAUCAUCUGCAACGAUGGUCACCAGCAUCGCCGCCUCUGCCACGCAAAAUGGGACGUACCCGUCAGCGGCAACAGCAGCGUCAGGUUCCUUCUCUUCCUCCGCAGCCGCCAUCGCCGCAGCGGCCGUCAGCGCCGCCGCCGCCGCUGUUGCCGCCGGAGCCGCUUCACCUCUGCAUGGCACGAGCGGUGUGUUGCCCUCCAUCCAUGAGGACCAUGAGCUGAAUGAGGACGUCAUGUUUGAGCACGACGAGCAAGGCGGUCGCCUUGGGCUGGCAUUGACGGUCGAGGACGACGACUCGGACGUCGACGACGAAUGCGAGUGUGAGUGUGAGUGCGGCAGUGGUACGGAACACGGUACGAC